UUCCGCUCUCUCGUCUUGUGCAGUUCAGUGGUUGUGAGUGGUGUGCAUAACAUUCGCGAUAUUCUCUUGCAUCUCGCAACGCAGGAAGCAUCCAGCAGUGCAGUGUUCGCUAUCAGUGUGUUGUGGCUUCGGGUAAACGUUUGUGCAGUGUCGGGAAAAGGUUCAAUCAUUGUGUGCGUGUUUCGUUCUUUUACGACUCGACGAGGGAAUCAAAUAAAGCCAAGUACUGGUGAGUACCCUUCAAAAAUGCAUUUUGCCGCGAUUCACGUUUUCUCUCUCAGCAAAAAUCAAAACAAUCACUCAAAAAGUGCAGUGCAUCUCUGUUGCGUGCGGUUGCCGCGCAACAAUCCGUAUCUGUCAAAAUUUGUUUUCGUUUCCUCGGUGAGUUUCGAUUUGUUGUGCUUCCGCGCUGCCAAAAAACAGCUGUUCCGAGUGAAAUCCGUAAUUCCCGAAUCGACCGACUAUCCAGGAUGUCAUCCCGCGGGGAUCAGGUUGCCUUGAGCUACCACGAGUCGUGUCUGCGGUUGUCCGACGUGGAACUACUUAAAGGCCCGUUCUGGCUGAACGACCAGAUAAUUUCCUUCUACUUUGAAUACCUGGAGAAGAUGAUCUUCCGGGAUGAGGAGGACUUGCUGUUCGUGAGCCCGGAAGUGACCCAAUGCAUCCGGAUGGUUUCGGAGGAAGAUGUUGGGAUAUUUCUGGAACCGCUGCGCGCCUCGGAGCGGUCGUUUAUAUUUUUCGCGCUGAACGACAACCAGAUAGCGGAUCAGGCCGGAGGAUCGCAUUGGAGCUUGCUGGUGUUCUCCCGGCCGGAAAUGGUGUUCUAUCACUUCGACUCGUCACACAACAGCAACUCGGACAUUUGUCGGCAGUUUGUGACGGCGCUGAAGCGGACGUUGAGGUGUCCCAAGGCGCAACUUCGGACCGGAGAUUGCCUGCAGCAGAGUAACGGAUACGACUGCGGGGUUCAUGUCCUGUGCACCGUGGACAAGGUAACGCAACAAAUCCGGAAGGCGGGGAAGAUCGAGGGCGUCAAGAGUGCGAGAUAUGACGUUAUUCGAGGCAAGCGAGAGGAAGUUCUGAACAUCAUCAUAGACCUGGGCGGGAGGAUCAACUAGGGAGAAUGGCGCGAAAGUUGAGCUUGUAUGGAUUCCACUCCACCGGAAGUGCUUUUUUAGCGAUCAGUGUUUAGAUGCCACCUCCUGAGAUGUCUGAUGUUUCUUCGUAUUGUAGCGUAAAAUUGUUCGUUGAAAUAGAAUAUGUAUAUUUUAUAGACAUUUUUCAAUUGUGCACAGAAAAUUUACGUCUUAUAUUUUGUGAUUCUAGAUUAUAGUAAUUUAUCAAUCCUCGAAAUAGUGAUCGAAAAAUGUAGCCUGCAUUUGAUACAGAAGCACAAACUUCA